AUGUGGAUAGCCUCCUCUGCAAUGGGCCUGCAGUACGCUGUGUUGUUCGCGUGUGCCAUCGCAACUAUGAUGUGGCCUGCGACGGAGAGCUUUUCACCUAUUGCUCACUGGACAAAGAAUAUGACCAUAAGAAACCCAGAUAAUCGCCCUAUAUUCAACGACGAAGAACUUGGGCCAAUGCAAGAUGCAUGGCAGGUCCUGGAAGAAACAUCGAAAGAUACAUACUUCCUGAUGUAUCGCAGCAGGGAUCCCGCUUAUAAGAAAUGUUUACACGCAAGAGCCAAUAUCACAGACAAAACGAACAAAACCGCCACUUAUAAAAUAAGAUUGUACAUUCCACGGAAAAAAAUAUACGAGAAUACCACACUACAAGUGAGAGCUCUAAGUCAAACUGACUACCCGCUUGAAAACGUUAUACGGGCAAACUUGAAAGGAACACUCCCAAGUGCUACUCCAGAUCCCCCAGGAAGCUACACGUACGUGCAGUAUGAUAACGCCUUCUACCAUUCCAGCGGUAAUCCCUUUCCUGAUACGGGUGUUGGUGCGGAGCCUCAGUUUUGUACAUCAAAAUCUGCUUCAACCAAAUUUAUCCUAGACAACCACUACUGUACUCCGGAAACUCUUCAGUAUAUGGACUUCUAUGUGGUAUACAACGAGCCGCAAUGUUACAUUCUCAGGAGUCCCGCAGACCGGGGAGGUAAGGACAUUAAAACUUCAGCAAGGUUAAUGUGA